AUGGCUGGACAAUUAGGCUACCGCGAGCUCCUUCUUAAGCAGUUCACGGCCAGAAAGCUCACAUUUCAUGUUCUUUUCUGGACCUUUCAUUGGGGCAUCUUUGCCUAUGGCUGGUGGAAGCAAGCCGCAGAUAUACGACUCGCUGGUCUCAACACUCUCAAGUUCUCGGUCUGGAUUUCCCGUGGUGCUGGUCUCGUCUUGAGUGUCGAUGGAAUGCUCAUUCUCCUUCCGGUUUGCCGCACAAUCAUGCGAUGGAUCCGUCCCAAGAUUCGAUUCCUGCCACUCGACGAAAAUAUCUGGCUGCAUCGGCAACUCGCAUACGCUCUCCUGUUAUUCAGCAUUCUUCACACGGGUGCCCACUAUGUCAACUUUUACAACGUUGAGAAGACUCAGAUUCGACCCGUUUCGGCUCUUCAGAUUCAUUACGCUCAGCCUGGUGGCAUCACUGGCCACAUUAUGCUGCUUUGCAUGAUGCUGAUGUACACGACCGCCCACUCGCGCAUCCGUCAGCAGUCCUUCGAAACAUUUUGGUACACGCAUCACCUUUUCAUUCCCUUCUUCUUGGCGCUGUACACGCACACAACCGGUUGCUUCGUCCGUGACUCCGUUGACGCCUUCUCGCCUUUCGCGGGUGAGGAGUACUGGACACACUGCAUCGGUUAUCUCGGAUGGCGGUGGGAGCUCUGGACUGGCGGGUUCUAUCUUCUGGAGCGCCUUUACCGUGAGGUUCGCGCACGCCGCGAGACCAAAAUCACCCGAGUCGUUCGCCACCCGUACGAUGUCGUCGAAAUUCAGUUUGCCAAGCCUUCCUUCCGGUACAAGGCUGGUCAGUGGCUCUUCCUCCAGAUUCCUUCCAUUUCCAAGUACCAGUGGCACCCUUUUACCAUCACCUCGUGCCCAUUCGACCCGUACGUGUCCAUCCAUGUCCGUCAGGUCGGUGAUUUUACCCAGGCCCUGGGUGAUGCUCUGGGUGCCGGUAAUGCCCAGGCGAAGCUGUACGACGGCGUGGACCCCAUGGGAAUGUACGAAGUCGCUCUGCAAAACGGCCAGCAGAUGCCCGCCCUACGCAUCGACGGCCCUUACGGAGCGCCCGCCGAGGACGUCUUUGAGAACGAAAUCGCAGUCCUCAUUGGUACUGGUAUCGGCGUCACACCGUGGGCUUCGAUCCUCAAGAACAUCUGGCACCUGCGCAACUCGCCCAACCCGCCCACUCGCCUGCGCCGUGUCGAGUUCAUCUGGGUCUGCAAGGACACCGGCUCUUUCGAGUGGUUCCAAACGCUACUGUCCUCGCUCGAAGAGCAGUCCAACGAGGCCGCUCGCCUGCCCGGCAGCAACGGCGUCGAGUUCCUCAAGAUUCACACCUACUUGACGCAGAAGCUUGACAUGGACACGACGCAGAACAUUGUCCUCAACAGUGUCGGCGCCAACACCGAUCCUCUCACGGAGUUGAAGGCCCGCACACAGUUCGGCCGUCCGGAUUUCCGCCGCCUCUUCACGACGAUGCGCGACGGUAUCCUCGACCGCUCAUACAUGAACGGCCUCGAGGGAAGCAUGCGCACCACCGUCGGUGUAUACUUUUGCGGUCCGUCUGCAGCUGCUCGUGACAUUAAGACUGCUUGCAAGAGCGCUACGGCCCGCGAAGUCCAGUUCCGCUUCUGGAAGGAACACUUUUAA